UCUUCCCUCUGCCUGAUCCUGGCUGCCAAGGAAUCCCCCGCUCCCACGUGUUGCAGCUCUCCCUCAGGUAUGCGCGUACCUCCCUCCUGAGACAGCGCUAGCAGAGGGGUGGGGUACCGCCGGGGGCGCGCACGUACAGGUGGGUGUGGCUCUGCGUGUAACGGGGCAGCGCACGCUGGGAGCGGGUGCGCGUUCUUGCGGUGAGGUCUGAAAGUUGGACCAGAGUCCCGGGACCGCUCCGGCAUUUAGAGGCGACAUGGAUGACCUGGAUGCAUUGCUGGCUGACCUGGAAUCUACCACCUCCCAUAUAUCCAAACGUCCAGUAUUUUUGGCAGAAGAAACGCCAUAUUCAUUUCCAAGUGGAUGUCAUACAUAUCAAGAGAUUACGAUACCUGCUACAUCAACAACAAAAGCUCUCAAUGGGACUUUACCAGAUUCACUAGAUUCUUGGACAAGCAACACUCCCAUCCAGCAGGAGAACCCUUUGUACUGCUCUUCUGGUGCCAAGGAGGUUUCGGGCUCACCAAGUUUUGGUGAAGAAGAACAUGUGUACAGUUUUCCCAAUAAACAGAGAUCUGCAGAGCCAUCUCCUACUGUUAUGAGCUCAUCAUUGGGCAGCAAUUUGUCUGAACUGGACCGUCUUCUCUUGGAACUAAAUGCAGUACAGCAAGCCCCAACAAGCAGCUUGUCUGCAGAUGAUCUAAACCAAAGCUUGCCUCAGCCAGUGGUCCCUGCACCACUUUUUAGUGCCUUAGAUAGCUCUGGAUCUGCUAUGAAAACUGUCCAGCCAGCAGCAGAAAAUCCAAAGCGCAAUGGAACACGGGGAAUAGAGGAUGUUCGUCCAAGUGUUGAAAGUCUUCUGGAUGAACUUGAGAACUCUGUUCCACCUCCAGUUCCAUCAGUCACAGUGCCUCAAGGAGAUAUGAGCAGCCCACAAAGAGACAAUUCAAGUCAACAGCAGACCCGGAUCUCUGCUUCUUCUGCAACACGGGAACUAGAUGAGCUUAUGGCUUCACUCUCAGAUUUCAAGACUUGUCAUACAUUUUCAGAAUCCAUUUUUGAACCUUACAAAAACAACUCUUGUUCGUUUUCACCUUCACAAUUGCUGGGUGCAACCACUGUGCCAGACAGUGAAUCUCAUCAAACUCAUACCCACACCUCUCCAGUUUUUUUGCAUAUUGUUGAAGAGGAAAUCCCAAAAUCAACAGCCUCAAUCGGAAAAGACUUAUUCAUGCAGAUCCCUGCAAGUGGAAAAGAGAGCAAUGUAUUUGUACCAGCAAGUAACCUGCAGUUUGAAAGCACCCCAAUCAGUUCAGUCAGUGGGAAAUAUGAUGUGUCUUCACCAGACUUUGAGAAAAAGCCUGAACUGGAGGAUAAGAGACAGAAUGCAUUUUCUUGGGCGUACAACGAAAUGGAAGGCUUUGUAUCUAGUGGUUUACAAGAUGUGCCUGACAAUCUGCACUAUGAUAUGCAGCCACUAGCAUAUGAUCAAAGUAGUUCAGUCACACUGGAGCCAACAGUAAACCUUACAGUGAAUCACGAGAGUUUUCCACCAGAUACCAAGACCAGUCAGUUUGAAAAUGCAGUUGUUUCUAGUGAUGAAAGUUGUCCUGUAUGUGUGGAAUCUCCUAGAGGCAGUGCUAUCAGUGGCGAGUUUGGGAGUCCCUUAGAAUUUGACUUUCAGUCUGACCCCAAAGCCAUUCAAGCUUUUUGGGAGAAAGAAUCCCAAAUUAUAAUUUCUCCAGAAGCAUCAACUCGUGAACGAAUCUCUGCUUCUCGGCAGAUGAAGUCACUUAUUGAAAGAACUAAAGAAAUUCCCAAUGUGCACCCAAUGUAUCGUGACCUCUCUCCUCGAAGGAAAUUUGGCCCAGCCAUAUACAACAAGAACCCCUCACAAGAUCGCCUUAUUGAGGAGCUUCAUGGACGGUUUGGAAUAGAUAAACAGGAGACAUGCAAGACUCCAGAAGAUGAUUGGCUGACAGAGGGGGUGAUUAUAACGUCUAGACCUUCUAAAAACAUGCUGCCUUCAGAGCAGCAGAUUGAGAAGAUAAUUAUACCUCCAGAUUCUCCUCAGCUUAUGAGAAAAUCCUUUUCUGUCAGUUCAUCUCCUCCUGGCACUGUACACAGAACCAGACUUGUGUCGAAAUCUACAUCCCCAGCACAACCCUCUGCUUGUGUACCUCCUCCACCUCCAUUACCCCCUAUCCAGUCCCCUGCUUUCAUUCCACAUUCACCUCAACAGUUUCCUUCCUGGAAAGCAGCUGGCGAUGAUUAUCAGGAUCUGUCAAGGCCUCUUCCUCUUCCUCAUAACAAAGAACUUUCCGCAACUAGGUUUUUGCCUCCGUCUCCUUUGAAAACUUUACCUCCAAACAAAUCCUUCGUCUCAGUUGGCUGUCAGACGGAUGAAACUCCCCUUUUUCCACCGAUCCAGUUGAUUUCUCCCCAGACUUGUAGCCCUGCCUUGUUUGCUCGCCCACCUCCAAGCCCCACUCUCCCUGAUAAGUCAUCUGGGCUCGUCCUUGUGCCUUCGUUGUGGCCUCACCCUGAAGAAAGGCAUUUGACUUCCAAUUCUGACAUGUUCCCCAGCUCCUCUAAAUGUUUGGCUCCGUCUAAUGACAUACCCUCGAUCAUGGCCAAGGGAAAAUCUGUAAGUAACUCUCCUCCGUCAAAUACUCCAAAGCCUGGAAGUCAGCUGGAUAACAUGCUGGGAAGCCUGCAGUCUGAUCUUAACAAGUUGGGAGUUGCCACAGUAGCCAAAGGAGUGUGUGGUGCUUGCAAGAAACCAAUUGCUGGCCAGGUUGUUACAGCAAUGGGAAAGACAUGGCAUCCUGAACACUUUGUAUGUACACACUGUCAGGAGGAGAUUGGGUCCCGCAACUUUUUUGAGCGAGAUGGGCAGCCAUAUUGUGAGAAAGAUUAUCACAACCUGUUCUCUCCUCGCUGUUUCUACUGCAAUGGACCCAUCUUGGAUAAAGUGGUAACUGCAUUGGACAGGACUUGGCAUCCUGAACAUUUCUUCUGUGCACAGUGUGGAGCUUUCUUUGGACCAGAAGGUUUCCAUGAGAGAGAUGGGAAGGCCUACUGCCGCAAGGAUUAUUUUGACAUGUUUGCACCCAAGUGUGGUGGAUGCACUCAUGCUAUCUUGGAGAAUUACAUCUCUGCUUUGAAUACUCUGUGGCACCCAGAAUGUUUUGUUUGUCGGGAGUGCUUCACACCUUUCAUUAAUGGGAGCUUCUUUGAGCAUGAUGGGCAACCUUACUGUGAGAUGCAUUAUCAUGAGCGCCGUGGUUCUCUCUGUUCUGGCUGCCAGAAGCCAAUUACAGGCAGAUGUAUUACAGCUAUGGGGAAGAAGUUUCACCCAGAGCAUUUUGUCUGUGCCUUUUGCCUGAAGCAACUCAACAAAGGAACCUUCAAGGAACAGAAUGACAAGCCUUACUGCCAGAACUGCUUUGUUAAGCUCUUCUGCUAGGGAACAAUGCACUUUUUCCUCCAAACAUUUCACAUACUUAAGUGUGAACAACUGGCAAAGGGGUCAAGGGGAUAAGCAAUACUGGCAGCAUUGAUUAUAAAGAGAAUGUAUAGUAACUAUCCCUGUUUUACACACACUCCGUAGGAGCUGCUCCUUAUUUGUAGGUAACAGUUUCUAACCAUUUGCAUCAGGAAACUCCCCUACCAGCUCUAUAUUGACACCCAAAUGCCUGUGUAAUGUUAACCAGAAAUCCUCAUCCUUGGGCAUACAGUCGCACCACUGACUGCCGCACUAGCAAUUGGGUAACCGGUCAUUCACUGUACAUACCAGGGAAGAUAUCUUGUACUAUGCAGCAAUUAUGGCAGUGUGUGUGGGCAAAUAGUAGUGCUGAUUUACUGCUAAGAAGAAACCAAUUUCAAUCCCUUUGAAUUGAAAGAGCAAUGAAUAUGGCACUUUUAUGUAUAUUUGAGUAGACCUUGCGAGCUUGUGUAGUACAGGGUUAAGCUGCUGGGGUACAGGGCCUGGGAACUUCAGCAAUAACAUUUUCUACUGACAGUUACUGGUAACUUGUCUUCUGUCUGGUGGGUAUGCAAUACUUGCCACAAGUUUUAUAAUCAGGAAUGCAACCUACCAGAUUUUGUAAACUUGGUUUAACUCAUUUCAUUCAGUUUUAUUGACAAAAGAUGCCUUUUUUUAUAAGCAUAUAUAUAUGCAUAUAAUACAUAUAUUAAAGUCAGAUGGACUGAAUUAUGUUUCUUAUUGACUCUUGCUUUGAUUAAACCUGGCUAUUAACAUUUUCAUAUUUUAAGUGUGGAAUUAAUGUAUUAACAAUGUUUGGACAUUUCUGAUUUAAAAGCAGUAUUGCCACUUUAAAGUUGAUUAUGCCUGGUGGGGGUAGGAAAAACUUAUGUGAUUAUUAAUGCCAAAAACAUCAAUUUAGUAUAUCAUAUAAACGUGUGUUGCCUCUCCCACUACAUGAAACAAUAUUAUAGUGAAAGUCUUUGAAAGUGAAUAGUUUGAAAGCUGUUCUGUUUACGAAUUAAAAGUGAACUAUGAACUGUGUGUGCAUGGACGUUCCUAGGGCUCGCAGCAACCCGUGAUUUUCUUUUGAUUCUAAACUUUGAGAUUUUCAGCAUGUGAAAAAGCACUAUGAUUAUAAUACCAAAGAGAGCGCAGGAGAGUUUAUGCCUUCUUUUUUUAAGAUUUCAUAAAAAGAAUGUGUUUGUGGAGUAUGUUCUUCAUUUAAAGGUCAACUAUCACCCCUCCAAAAUGUGUCCCACAUUGAAGUUGUGGGCUGACACAACAUGAUGCCUGAAUGGGGAAAACAGUACUGGCACUGAAGGUGUUCAAGCAGUGCAAGCUGUGUACACCCUUAGCUUGACUGGUGCAUGUCGCAAAAGCCACUGAAAUAGGAGGCAUUAUCAAGUUAUGGCACACAGCAGUACAUGGAGGCUGGUAGUAGGUCCAAGUAAAAGCCCCCUCACUGUGCUGCCUGAACUAUAGAAUAUGCUGUAUCAGUCUACGACUUCAGUGGGGUAAUAGGUGCCCUUUAAAACACAAGGCUUAUAUUAUGCACUGUAUAAUUAUUUUCUACAUAUUCUCAUAUAUACAUAUCAGCAAUACUGCUGUUCCCUGUGAUAUGCAUAAAUGCAAGCAGUGAUGAAAAAUUCUGUGCACACAAAAAAGCUAUGUCCUCUAUACCGUGUCAUCUGGCUCUAUACAACUACUCCCACCAUCCUAAUUUGUGUGUGGAUGCUGAGAGUUUGCAACUGCUAGAGGGCUGUAGCUUGAUAUGCAUGAUGGCAAAGUUUCCUUAAAAAUAAGAUUUUAUUAUAAUAACAGCAGUAAUAAACACAGUUUCUCUAUUAAUAUUCUUACUCUGCACAAACUGGAAAAUUUAUACAUAUUUGUUCACUGUGAUCAGUGAUGAUAAAGCAAAUGCCUUAUAAAACUUUAUUAGUUUACUACUUGUAUCUUUAUAUUCCAUCUUUUUAAGGGAAAAAUACCUCCCUUUGUGACAUAAGCUUAUUCAUUUAAAUUUAUGUAAAAAGGUGCAUAAACACAAUCUAAACAAAAUUUAAUUUAUAAAAUGUGUUUUUUUUUUUUUUGUUAACCAUGAUAGUCCAUGAUAAGCCUUGAUAGUCCACCUUCUGACUCUAAGGGACCAUUUCCCAUCCCUCUCCUUAGGGGUCUGAAAAUUCAGUCCCUCCCUCAUCUUGUGCUAUUGUAAAGUGAUGGAUUAUGAGACUUAUAGUUCCUCUGCUUUUCAGGGAAUCUUUGCAUGACUUACUAAAGAAAGUGGAAGGACUUUCAAGUCCCAGAAUUCAUCACUUCUCAAUGUAACAAGGUGAUAGAGGGGUUGAAUAAUAAUGAGUGAUGGCACAUGGCAUGUGCUACAUUUUGUUACCCGCACUUAAUAUCCAAUGUAGGUGAAAAAGUCAGCCUUUGCAUUGGUGUAAGCUCGGGAAAAUGCAGGAGAAGGCACAAUGACUCCAGUACAAAAGUAUAUUCUGUCAUUGUCCAGGCUGGAGAAGAUUAAGGGUGACCUACAAAACGUAGCGUGUCAUUUCCUUAAGGGGGAUGUAAAUGGUCUAUUGUGGUUUCCUUUCAGCCUGCGAAAUCAUCAUGUAUUUCUGUGUGAAACAAAACAAACAACAAAUAUAUCUUUAUUUUUGCCAGUCCAGUUAUGCACCUUUUGCAUGAUUAGUCAAACAUGAAAAACUGAUCACUCAGUGGUCUGCUUUAGAAUACUGCUGUCUAAAUAAUAAGUUUUUUUUUUUAAGGCAACUGCCCUCCUAAAUGCAAUAGAAAGAACUUUGCCUGUACAAACUCAGUCUUGAACUCGUUUUUCAACAAUGUUUCUUGUAAAAUCUUGUUUCUGUACUGUAUAAUGAAUUAAUGCGGUUAUUUUGAACUCUCCACUUUUGUUAUUUUUUUUUAUGUCACAGUUGUUUAGAAUUAUAUCCAUCUUCAUUUCAAAUUGUUAAAUGUAUAAAAAGCACCUUCAGUAUGUGUUCUAAAAAUAGGUGGUGCUCAUUAAGGUUUAAGUAUUGGUAAAUUAAUUUCAUGGUCCAUGUUUUUCUUCAGAACUGACAUGGCGCUAGUGAUUUGUACAGUUGUGCAACUUGGAUCCAUCAUCUCAGAGUCUGUAGGUGGAUUGUUAAUGUGAUUAUCUUUGUAGGUUUCAUUUAGUUACCGCUGCACAUUACUGGUGCUUCAAGGUUGUGACCACAGCUGUGAGAUUUGCAAAACACAAUUUGCUUUGUAACCAGCUUAAUGAACUUUGACCCUUUUUUCAUCCAUGAAGAUAAUGGCAAUAAAAUUUACAAUCAUUUGUUUUACUGAA